GGCGGCAAUAAGUACUCGUAGCCAGAAAAUGUCGCUCACAAAAAAAAAAUUUUAAUUACGAUGUGAAUUUUGACAUGAUCAUCAGAACUAGAAACGAAAGAGAAGCCGAGCUAAUUUUCAAAUCUAAUUUAGACUUAAUAUAUUUCAGACAUUUCAAAUAGUCUAAGUGUUUGAACUAAACUGUGAAUAAUCUUGAUAGUUUUGCUUUCUUCCCUAAGUCAGGGUAACCAGUCAGAACCCAUUGAUGUUAUCUCCGUUUGUAUCACGAACAGCAAAGAGACGUUUAAAUAAUCAAGUUAUAUUAACAACAGUAAUAGUUGUAUUUUUAAUUGCCUUAUCAAUUGAUUUGAUAACGGACGAACAAAAUUCAUUCAAAGUGGGGUUAACUAAUUAUAUAACCAAUUUUCUUACAUUUGGUGGUCUUAGCCUGUCCUUAUCGUUAUCAUCUUCAUCUUCUUCAUCUUCUACAAAUUCAAUUUCAUCUUCAUUAAUUGAUAUAUUUAACUCAAAAUAUUCUAGAAAAUUCUCCUUAACGACUUCUGUUAUCUUUAUUGCCUUUUCAUUAUAUUUCAUUACUGGUCAAUAUCAACAACCUUCAUUUAAUUUAAUUCAAGUAUUUAAUAAAGCUAUAAGUGUAAUGUAUAAUAAUAGAUUAACAUCUUAUCGUGGAGGAAAUCGAUUUUCUCCUUAUAAUAAUGGUAAAAAAUCUAAAAUUCAACGUUUUGCUAUAAAAAAUGGUGGUGUUGUAGGUGGAAUAAGUAAUGAUGGUAAUACAUGUUUUAUGAAUUCAGUAAUUCAAUCAUUAGCUUCAUCUCAUCAAUUUUUAAAAUUUAUUGAUUCUUAUCUUUAUACAAAUGUUGACAAGACUCAACCAAAACAAGAAUUAAUAUUUACUAAUGCUCUUAAUACUUUAUUACAAAAUGUAAAUGGUAAAUAUGGUUCAAGAGGUAAAGAAUUUAGUACUAAACCAUUAUUAAAUAAAAUGCCAAAUGGUCCAAAACAAAAUUUCUUUUCUGGUUAUAAUCAAGAAGAUGCUCAAGAAUUUUAUCAAUUAGUCAUGAAUUUAUUAGAACGUGAAUAUAAAAAGAUGACAUCUUCAAGAUUAUCUACUCCUGAACCAGAAUCAGAAACUUCUUCAUUAAAAUCUCCUGAUAAAUUCAUUGAAAUUUCAAAUAUUUAUAAAGUAAUAUCUGGUUUAGAUGAUUUAGGAAAAUUAGGUAGAGUUUAUGUUCCUGCUAAUCAAGUUGAUCCAAAUUUAAUUGAUUCAGAUCAUAAAGUAUAUCCUUUAGAAUUAAUUACUCCUGUAGAUGGUAUAUCUGCAGAAAGAAUAGGAUGUUUAACUUGUGGUGAAGUUGGAGGUAUAAGAUAUUCCGUAAAUAGUGGAUUAAGUCUUAAUUUACCACAAAAUUCUGCUUCAUAUUAUUCAUCAUCAAGUUUUGAAUUACAAGCUUUAUUAAAUGAAUGGAUAACUCCGGAAAUUAUUGAAGAUGUUAAUUGUAAUAGAUGUGGUUUAAAUCAAACUAGAGAUUUCUUAUUGGAUACUUUACAAGAUUUAAAUCAAAAAGAUGAUUCAGUUAUGAAUACAAAAUUAAAAGAACAAUUUCAAAAUAGAUUAAAUUUAAUUGAACAAGAACUAUUAAAACCUCAUAUUGAUGAUGAAGUUUUUGAAAAAUUGACUAUUAAAAAGCACAUUAAAAAAUCAAAAAAAUCAAAACAGAUCUUUUUAAGUAGACCUCCUCCAUUAUUAUCAAUUCAUAUAAAUAGAUCUGUAUUUGAUCCAAGAUCUUAUGCUAUUGUUAAAAAUCCAAGUAAUGUAACAUUUCCUGGAAAAUUAAAUUUAACUGAUUAUGUCGUUGAACCAAAGGAUAUUAAUAUGGAUGCUAGAUUACCAUUUAGAAAACAGGAUGAAAGAGUUAUUUCACAUUCUUCUCAUACAGAUGAUUUAUCCAUAUCUCAAGCUCCUCACAGUCCACCGUCAGAUUCUUCUAUGUCUUCAGAAGAUGAUGCUCCAGUUACUGAAUCUGAAAUUCAUUCUGCAUCUACUGGUGCUAGCACUGCUGAUGAUUCUAUUCCUACUACAAGAAGAGUACUGCAAAUUGAUCCAAGAUUAAUUUAUAAUUUAAAGGCUGUCAUUAUUCAUUAUGGUACUCAUAAUUAUGGACAUUAUAUAUGUUAUCGUAAAUUUAGAGGCACUUGGUGGAGAAUUAGUGAUGAGUCAGUUUAUAUAGUUGAUGAACAAGAAGUAUUAAAUGGUGGACAAGGAACAUUUAUGUUAUUCUAUGAAUUCGAUGAUGGAUUUAAUGAAAUCUUACAAGAUGUUUCGGAUAGUGAACCUGAAUCUGAAGCUGAAGCUGAAGCAGAAGCUGAGGUUGAAUCUGAAUCUCAGUCUAGAUCUAGUCUUGUACCAGUUGGUACAGGUCUGAAUUCUUCACAAGAGAAUAUAGAUAAUGAAGAUGAAGCUAUAGAAAAUGUUACUUCCUCAUCUUCAUCAUCUGAAUAUGAGCAAAAGUAUAAUCGUAAAAAUGCAUCUUCACAAAGUAUAGUUGAACAACAUUCUUCAAGUAAUGAAGAAAUAAGUAGUAGUGAUGAAGAAGAAAUAGAGUAUACUACUAAUGGUACUACUACUGGGUAUGAAUAUAGAGAAGAAGGUGAUAGUUCAAUAACAGAUUUACAUAUAGCCGAGGCUCAAGUACAUUUAUAGCGUAAAUACAUUAAGUAACUAUUAAAAAUAAAUAAAUCUAUGGUUCUUU